AUGAUCGGUACUUGUUGUCUCAUCUUUAUUAUCAUUCUUUUGCCACCACUUGGUGUGUUCUUCAUGAAGGGAUGUGGUGCUGACUUUUGGAUCAAUAUAUGUCUGACUAUCUUAGGUUACUUACCUGGCCAUAUUCAUGCUUUUUAUGUUCUUAUAAAAGAAAGAGAACAAAGAGAAUUACGUUACCAAGAGGUUUAUCGACCUGGUGGUGCUCCUGCUCCCUAUCAUCAGCAACCAUCUCAAGGCUAUGACGCAGUUCCACACUCUUAA